CGCUUGGCAUCAAGGAUAUGUAUUAGUGUAUACAUUGAAUUGCUUGAUAAUGACUACUAAUUUCUUCGACAAAAAAAGGCAUUGUUGGUGAACUGUUUCGUAAGUGCGAGAGCCUGGCAACAGAUACCUUCGGUUUUGCGUCAUCUUGAAGCGCGUCUUAAACAGUGCGCAUGCGCACAAGGAGGUCAACAUGACUCCAUUUUGGAAAGAGCGAGCAAGGGAGGAAGUUUUUGUAGCCGGGGAAGACGACUUCUAGCUGGCGGGGGAAGGAAAACAUUGGUGCUUUGCAAUACUGACUCACGUUGCUGCCUGUAGCUGGAUUUAUUAGCUCACACCCGACGAGUGUGAUAACGGACCUGGAGUUUUUUCGAAAUUAUCGAGGGUGUUGAAGCCAGGCGGGCCGGAGCGGGACCUGCGUCUUUGCGAGGAGAAAACACGGCCCCGGAGCUGCUAGGAAAAGCCCCGCUGCCCUGUCGGUUUACUGUGCGACGGGAGCAAGGCGCAGUUUGGAGGCGACCCCCCGAAUCCCAGACACCGUCUGGCCAGGACGGAGAGGGGACGGCGCAGCGCCGAUCGAGGAGGCAGUGAACUAGACCGCGGACGCGAUGGACGGAGAGGAGGACGAGUUCUUCUCCGGAAACCAGUCAGACGACGGAGGUGCUACUCCCGUACAGGACGAGCACCUGGGCUCAGAUGGGGAGGAGGACGCCAAGGAGCACCGCUCUGGCUCGGAGGCGGACAGUGUGGGGCGGCACUCUGAGGCUGAGCCUAGUGAUGCUGAAGGGGACGAGCCCCCUGGGCAGAGAAACGGCAUUGCCAGCGAUUCAGAAAACGAGGAAGUUCCCCGGCCAAGGGACAGCGAUUCAGAAAAGGGCGAUGAGUCCUCCUUGAGGCGAGGCAGCGACUCCGAACCGGACGAGCCCCCCAGGCACGUGGACAGCCACUCGGAUGGAGAGGAAUCUCCCAAGAACCGAGGCAACCAUUCGGAAGACGAGGAGGAGCCGAAACGGCAAGGCGUUGACUCGGAGAACGAGGAGGAGCCCAAACCGGUGCGGGGCAGCGACUCUGAGAGCGAGGCGCCGGCAAAGCGCCAAAGCUGCGGUUCGGACGCCGAGGGGGCGUCCAGGGAGCGAGGCAGCGACUCGGAGAACGAAGCCCCGAGGCACAAGAGGAGGAUCGAGUCCGACGACGAAGCAGACAGUGACAAAGAGAACGACAAGGCGGGCAAGACCGCGGUGCACUCGGACAGCGAAAACGAUGAAGAGACAAAGGGAGCAGAGAAAGAGGAGGAAGAAGCUGAGGGUCACAAACGUCGCAAACUGGCGGACAGCGAUGAGGAGGAAGACCAGGAUAAACCAGUAAAGAGGAAGAAGGCCAUCUUGUCGGACAGUGAAGACGAAGAGAAGGAAGAGUCAUCUCUGCCAAAGAAGAGCCGCGUUGUGUCCGAAGGGGAGCACUCUGACAGCGACUCCUCUACCAGAGCUGUUCCCAAGAAGCCCAAGACCCUGGGAUCAGACAGUGAGGAAGAGGAGGGGGAGGGGAAGGAAGAUGCAGGGAAAAAGGAUGAGAAGGCGUUGUUCGGCAGUGACAGCGACUCCGACAACGAAGAGGAGAAAAUGAUUGCUGAUAUUUUCGGUGAAUCUGGAGAUGAAGAAGAGGAGGAGUUCACAGGUUUUAACCAAGAGGAUUUAGAAGGAGAUAAGAGUCAGGCAGAAGCUUCUUCCAGGAAGAAGACGUCCACUGCUGACUCCGACUCUGAUGACGACGUCGACAGAGGUGGCAAAGACUCCAGCUUUGUGUCUGACUUUGACAUGAUGCUGGCGAAGAAGAAGGCACAGAGCGGCAAGCGGCGGCGGAACCGGGACGGCGGGACGUUCAUCAGCGAUGCCGAUGACGUGGUCAGCGCCAUGAUCACCAAAAUGACAGAGGCCGCAGAGGAGGAUAGGACCCUCAACACCCAAAAGAAACCAGCUUUGAAGAAGCUGACUCUGCUACCCACUGUUGUCAUGCACCUGAAGAAGCAGGAUUUGAAGGAGACAUUCAUUGACAGUGGAGUAAUGACAGCCAUUAAAGAGUGGAUCAGCCCUCUUCCAGAUAAGAGCCUACCAGCACUGAGGAUUAGAGAGGAGCUGCUGAAGAUCCUACAAGAGCUACCCAGUGUGAGCCAGGAGACCCUCAAGCACAGUGGGAUUGGCCGGGCAGUCAUGUACCUCUACAAGCACCCCAAAGAGUCUCGUGCCAACAAGGAUCUGGCCCUCAAGCUCAUCAAUGAGUGGUCAAGGCCUAUCUUUGGCUUGACGUCUAACUACAAGGGUAUGACUCGGGAGGAGAGGCAGCAGAGAGACCUGGAUCAGCAGGUCCCGCCCCGGCGCCGGCUCAGUUCAGGAGGGCAGACCCCACGCAGGGAUCUGGAGAAGGUGCUGACCGGAGAAGAGAAGGCAUUGAGACCAGGAGACCCUGGGUUCUGUGCCCGUGCCAGAGUGCCCAUGCCCUCCAACAAAGACUACGUCGUUCGACCUAAGUGGAAUGUUGACGCAGAAACUAACAGGGGACCUGCCAAGAAAGGGCUUUCCCGGGUCGACAAGCAGAUGCGUCGCUUCGCUGACAUCAAGAGGCUGACCAAGACUGCCCAUGCUGUGAAAAUCAGUGUUGAAGGGAAUAGGAUGCCUUUGUGAUAUUUUUCCCCCUUUUUAAAAAAUGGUUGUUUCCCAUUAAAUCCACUUGCCCCGUCCUCCUCCAGACUGACUUUCAGCUCUGCCACGUGGCCUGAUGGCACUAAAGUAACAGCCUGCCUCUGGCUAGUUUGGAUGUAUAAUAAUGUUCAGCAUCGCUGGUUUGUUGCCUUCUGAGAGCAGAGGCCCAUUUAUUGCUGUAAAUUCCUAUCUGUAAAGUCGCCUAGACAAAUACUGGUUGUUUCACCUUUCUGAUUAAACUGGAGAUCCUUGUACAGAAUCCGUUGCUUGUUUUUAAUCCAGUGUUUAGGUGAGACGUUAUAUAUGGGUAAUGUUUUGCCAUUUUUAAAAGAAAUAUUAUUCCUUAACAUUCAGUCAGCACAUUAAGUAAUCUUUAAUACUGAAAGUAAUGAAUUGCCAUUGUACUGUGCACUGCCUCUGAAAUAUUUUUCGCCGUUCAGGCACUGGCAUUGCAUUAUCCUGAAAGGUUGUUUUGAGUGGUCUACGUUUUCUACAAAUACUUUAAAGAAUCUGUGCUGAAAAUUGUAAUUGAAUCUGUUUUUAUUUUUUAUUGAGGGAGUCCCACCUUGAAUUUUUACUAGUUAUGUUUUCUUAAGGAUUAGUUCACAUUUCUUUUUAAGUUAAUUAUCGAGUUUUAGAAUAUAGCCUGCAACUACAGCAACAACCAAUAUUGACAUCUGGCUUUGUCUUACAUGGUUAUUCAUUGUGCCGAUUUCUACUCGAAAUCUCAGGAAUUUAAAGUAUACACAUGCUUUCAUUUUUUCAAGAGCUGCCAACCUUUAAGCUGUAGAACAGAUGGGUAUGAAACAUAGAACAUAUUUGUAGAUGUAUACAGAAGGAAUUUACAGCCUGUGAAUUAAAAAGUGAGUGCAGUAAACCUGUAACCAUGUUUUACAUUGUCUUCGUGUACUGGGCUCAAGCUGCCAGUUUUUACAUUUAAAUGUUUGUUAUGGAAAGGGUUAGCUGAGCUUGAGCAAGGCCAUCUUAUUUGCAUUUCUAAAAUGUGUUGCCCUAUUCUGAAUUUUUUAUUUAGGCUUUAUUUUGCUGUUGUUGGGCUUUGAGGCAAGUAAACAGUGCAAAAGAGUCCUAAUUACGUCUGGUAAAACAAAGUAACUGUAAGAUCAUUUAAACAUCUGUAUUAUAGAAUAAAAAUCCUUUUCUUGAAAAAUUCUUCAACAGUGACCAGGCAAUUCAUAGUAAAGUAUAGUAUGCCAGUCUCGAUAGGAAUUGACUGUAGAAUAAAUACAGGAAUAGUCUUUGCAGGAAAGAGUGAAGAUAAAAAAUAAGAACAGACAGGAAGAAGAAUAGGUUACACAAAGUCACUGUUCAGUCUUUUAAACAACUUUGUUAAAGAAUGAGUAUACAACAGUGACCAGGUCAUUCCUAGUGAAGUCAUUAAUCAACCCACUAUAGGAAUGGACAUGCAGAAAUGGGACAGAACAAAAAGUAAGAACUGACAGAAAGGACAGUCCUCAUCUAUGAUCUUCAUAACAAAUGUGCUGUGAGAGUACCUCUUUCCAGUUUAACUAGAAACAAAAUUGUCCUGUUCUUGUCUAAACUUUAUUACAUUAGUGAGAACCUGUGUCUUAAUUAUAUAAAACCCAUCUAGGACUGAAUCUUACUCUAAACAGAUCUACAUACAUGAAGAGGAACCCGUUUCCCUAUUCUGAACAAAGGCAUCAUUUGUCCAUUUCUUUUAAUACUAGCUUAAUGACUUCACCAAGAUUACCCUGGUCAUUGUUAAAUACUUAUUCUUUAAUAUAGCUGCUUUAAUGAUUUAAUAAUGACUUUGUUUCACCAGAGUUAAUUAUUGGGACUACUUUUUGUCCUGAUAAACAGGACAAAACAGUGCAAAAGACAUGUGAACAGUGCAGAAGUUUUAUGUGUUUUUUGAGACGUGUAAAUUUUUAGCACUGUUUACGUGUCUCAAGGUCGAAGGACCGCAAAACACAUUUUUUACAAACCUGUAGAAUAGGGGAAUACAUUUGAGAACUGGAAACAAGAUUGCUUGUCUAAAUCUGCUUCUCCCUUUCCCUAACUCUGUUAUUCACCAUUUAUGAAAUCAUCCACUAUAUAUAUAAUCUUCAGUCCAGUCAUUUUCCUUUUAUUUAUUGUUUUGUGUAAAAUGUUUGUUUUAUGGUCAAAUAAAUGAAGUAUAUGGGAACUUUCUAAA